AUUAUCAUUCUCUGAAUUUUCAAAGAGACAGAACCGAACUCCUUUGCAAUGCCCCUGAACACAUGCGAAUACCAGCUGCUGUUUCUGCUCUGUUUUCUGAUGAAAAGCUGUCAUGCUUUCAAAAAUGAUGCCACUGAAGAGUUUUAUGGGCACACGGUCGCAUCAUCUCACGAGACUCCGAACAACGCCUCUUUAAAUCGAGCACGCAACGGAGGAAGACGAACGGAGAGCCGAGACCAAAACGAACAGCACCAGGUCGGUUGCAGGGAGCUGAGGUCCACUAAAUACAUAUCCGAUGGCCAGUGCACAAGCCUGAAUCCCGUAAAGGAGUUAGUGUGUGCCGGAGAAUGCCUACCCACCCACUUGCUGCCCAAUUGGAUCGGUGGAGGUCACUACUGGAGCAGACGGGAUGCCCAGGAGUGGCGCUGCGUCACUGACCGCACACGCACCCAGCGCAUUAAACUCCAGUGCCAGGACGGCAGCACGCGCACCUACAAGAUCACCGCUGUCACAUCCUGCACGUGCAAAAAAUACACGCGCCAACACAACGAGUCCUCUCAUGCACCUCAGAGUCCCUCAAAGGAUCAUCCACUGCAGAACCCCAAGAAGAAAAAAAGCAAAAAUAAAAAUUUAAGGGUUAAUUCUAAAAAUGAAUAGAGCUUCUAAUUGAUUGAGAAUGAGCCAUACUGAUGCAGAUUUGACCAACACAACCCUGCUCAUGGAAGGAAUGGGACUAUAGUAUGAACUACUAUGACACUGACUUGGACUGCAAUGAUGUACAGCUGUUUUUCUUGCUAUUUUCAGAUUCUUUGAUGACCAUGCAUAAAUGUAUGCAUAUGUGUGUGUAUAUGCACUUUUUGAGUGUAAUAUGGUUAAUGUUUUGUACAAAUAACCUGAUUACAUGAAGCAAUUAUGUACAAGACUACAUUUGACAGACAAAAGUUGAGGGGAAAAAAUGAUAACUAUAGCUAUGUAAAUAUUUGCAUUUCAUGUAUGUAGUAGUUUUUGAAUCUAUUUUUAUAUAAUAGUUGUUUUAUGAAUAUUUCAAGUUGACAUUUACACAGUUAAAUUCACAUUAAUACAAUAAAUUAAGUAGCUUACA